UACAACAUUAUCUUGCUUCAGAAAAAUACAGUCCUCCCUCCACUCUCUCCCCCUCGUUCCCUCAAACACACACACCCAUGGAGGAUGCCAUAGUUCUAUAUCCUUCUCCGGCCAUUGGCCACCUGAUCUCCAUGGUGGAGCUGGGAAAGCUCAUACUCACCCACCACCCUUCCUUCUCCAUCCAAAUCCUCAUCGUCACCGCACCUUACAACACUGGCUCCACCGCUCCUUACAUCAACCGGGUAUCCGCUACCAUUCCCGCCAUCACUUUCCACCACCUCCCCACCGUCUCUCUCCCUCUCCAAUCCGACUCUCCUCACUACGAAACUCUUGCUUUCGAUUUCCUCCGCCUCAACAACCCUCAUGUCCACCAAGCCCUCAUAUCCAUAUCCCAGAAUUCCACCGUCCACGCCCUCAUCAUAGACGGGUUCUGUACCCCAGCUAUGACUGUUGCAGCAGACCUCAAAAUCCCUGCUUACUAUUUCCACACUUCUGGUGCCUAUUGGCUUGCUACCUUCCUUUAUCUACCCACAAUUCAUCGAAACACAACCAAAAGUUUCAAAGAUCUCAACAACACUUAUCUUGACAUCCCAGGUGUGCCACCAAUACUAGCCACCGACAUGCCAAACCCAAUACUCGAUCGAACUGACAAGGCCUACCAAAGAGUGCUGAAUAUAUCUAUCCACUAUCCAAAAUCAGCAGGAAUCAUCGUAAACACAUUUCAAUCACUUGAGGCAAGAGCUGUCAAAACAAUAUCAGAAGGUCUUUGUGUUCCUGACCAACCGACACCACCACUUUAUUGCAUAGGACCUUUGAUUGCAACCCAUCAUGGAACUGGUGGCGGCGAUGGCGGCACGCAUGAGUGUUUGAUGUGGCUCGAUUCCCAACCGAGCCGAAGCGUAGUUUUUCUUUGUUUUGGUAGCUUAGGUUUGCUUUCAGAAGAGCAGCUGAAGGAGAUUGCAGUUGGGCUGGAGAGAAGUGGGCAUAGGUUCAUGUGGGUGGUGCGUAGUCCACCUUCGGAUCAAAGCAGGAGUUUCUUGGCACCACCCGAGCCGGAUUUGGAAUCCUUACUUCCUAAAGGCUUCUUGGAGAGGACAAGAGAGAGGGGGCUAGUAGUGAAGUCAUGGGCUCCCCAGGUGGCUGUGCUGAGUCAUGACUCGGUGGGCGGGUUCGUCACUCACUGCGGGUGGAACUCGGUGUUGGAAGCGGUGUGUGCGGGACAACCCAUGGUGGCGUGGCCACUCUAUGCGGAGCAGAAGAACAACAUGUUGGUGUUGGUGGAGGAACUGAAGCUGGCCUUGCGGAUGACCGAGUCGGAUGAUGGGUUUGUAAGUGCGGCCGAGGUGGAAAAGCGAGUCAGGGAGUUGAUGGACUCGGAGGAAGGGAAGUUGAUUAGGAACCAAAUGGAGACACAGAGAGGGGAGGCUAGGGCUGCAAUGAGGAAAGGCGGGUCCUCACGUGUUGCAUUGGCCGAGUUGGUUCGGAAUUGGAAUAUGGUGUCAGUUGAGUCAAAUUUGAUUUGAAGAAGGCAGCCCUAGUCUUUGGCUCUUUGCUUGUUGGUGCGUUUGUUUCUUUAUUUUUAAAUAAUACUCCUAUGUUUCAAAGGAAUGUUGGUUUUUGGGACAUGUUUCCAUGUAUUAUUUUUCUGCAAAGUUAUUAAUUUAUUUUUUUAAGUUUGAACUA